AUGUCACAAUUCUCAGAUUUAUUGAUAGUGUUAGAUGAACUGAAAGAUGUUUUGUGUUUGGUUUUCAGAGCCCUUUUUUCAGUUCUAUUUGGUGUUUCAAAUGUUGGCCUGUCCACUUCUUUGGCACCAGAUUUCGGCAAAGCUAAAGUUUCUGCCCAACGAAUCUUUCAGCUUUUGCAUCGGAAACCAUUAAUUGACAGCUAUAGUGAAGAGGGUACAAAACUGAGUCAGUUUGAUGGCAACAUUGAAUUCAGGGACAUCCAUUUUGUAUACCCUACAAGACCAGAAGUUCAAGUUUUGCAAGGACUCAACGUGAAGGUUAAUAAAGGCCAGACGCUAGCCUUGGUGGGGAGCAGUGGUUGUGGCAAAAGCACAUCCAUUCAGCUGCUGGAGAGAUUUUAUGACCCUAUGGCAGGACAAGUGUUUGCAGAUGGGUUAGAUACUAAGUCUUUGCACUUGCAAUGGUUAAGGUCCAAAUUGGGUAUUGUGUCCCAGGAGCCUAUUUUGUUUGACUGCAGCAUUGCUGAAAAUAUCCAGUAUGGAGACAACAGUAGGGUUGUCAGUCAGGAGGAAGUUGAAGAGGCAGCUAAAGCAGCAAAUAUUCACACCUUCAUAGAAAAUCUCCCAGAGAAGUAUAAUACCCAAGUGGGUGACAAAGGAGCACAACUUUCUGGAGGUCAGAAACAAAGAAUAGCAAUUGCUCGUGCUCUAGUUCGUAAGCCAGCAGUUCUGCUUCUAGAUGAAGCCACAUCUGCUCUUGACACAGAAAGCGAAAAGAUUAUCCAGAAAGCCUUGGACGAUGCCAGGAAGGGUCGAACCUGCAUUAUUAUUGCUCACCGCUUGACGACCGUCCAGAACGCUGAUGUCAUAGCAGUGAUUCAUAACGGAAAAGUAGUGGAACAAGGGACGCACAGCCAGCUGCUGGCAAAGGAAGGACAUUACUAUGCACUUGUAAAUGCACAAGUUUCUCAUUAACAUUAAUGUUACAAACUAAUCUAUUUAUAUAAAUACACACACAACCCACAGAUAAAUAAUAUUAAUGAGGUGCAUCUUUACUGAGAUGUCUGCAGGUUUAAAACACGUAGUAAAAAACAGAGCAGAGACAUU